AUGCUGAUAACAGUAUCAUCCUCCACCCAGCCUAUUCCCAACCACCACCCCCUUUCUCCCCCUCCCACCCUACCAAAGCCUGGGAAGGACAACCUGCGGCUGCAGCGGCUGCUGAAGAAGGCAGCCAGGAAGAACGCCAUCCUCACCUCGGAGCAGGGCAAGGCCUUCCGCUCCAGCCUUUCGCCUGUCAACGAAGCCAGCCCCGACCAAGAGCGUGCAGAGAGCGCUGCCCCAGCUGCAGAGAGCCCUGAGGCCACAGCAGCCCCCUGUGCCCCGCUGCCCACCCAGCUCUCCGUCAGGCCCGUCGGCCACCGCGCGCCCUCCCCGUUCCGCAAGGGGAAGCCUUUCGCGCUGAAGGUCACCGAGCAGCGGCGCAUCGCCGAACACGUCAAGCUCACAGCCUCCUCAGCCAUGCCCCUGCUGCAGAAGCCAGAAGCUCCUGAGACUCCACAGCAGCCUGAAGGCAUGGGCUCCCACCUUCCCUCUCCAUCUGACCCUUCAGUAUCUGUUUUCUCCCAGCCUCCUCCUUCCAGUACACCCAGCAAAGAAAGGGCACUGGAGGUUACCUAUGUCACCAAGGUGAACACGUUUUUCCACAGUGUCAAGCCACCCAGGGCUAAGACUCCCACACCAAACCCGACCCAAGGAACUGUCAGCCAUGAAGACAAAAGGCCUACUACCCCAGCGCCUCAAACAAGCAGCUCUGAACCACCUCCAGAGCAGACACCAACCUCACUUAAAGACAGCAAGGCUGCUCCCCCCUUGCCAAAACCUCCCCUCGUUCCUGCUGCAGAGACAGAGCCUCCUGAUCAGGCUCCCAAGCCUGUUCCUACGGAGAAGCCCAGCACCUCUGAUGCCCACACCAGUAAGCCUACAACCCAUGGAAGUGACACUGAAAUAUCCAGAUCCAAGACAGCUCCUGAAUUACUGGAACAAGACAGAGACAUCCCAGAACCAUCAACAUCCAGCGCUCCCUGGAGGCAAGCACGCCCAGCAACAGUGACUCCAGCACAAGCUGAAGGUACCGGGUCCACGUCCACAGACACCAAGGCAGAACACGUCACUGAACCCCAGAUGAAUCCCAGCUUACCCAGCACCAGCUGUCCCCCCAAGGCUGAGCCAGUACUGUCAUCAGGAGAAGCACCAAGACCUCCUGGAACCAGUGCCAGUGGCUGGCAUCGCCUCAGGAAGCACUUGAUGGUGCAGCCAGAAGCAACCAGCUUCCCAGAGUCCAAGCCAGAAAAUCUGGAACAGGAGGAAGGGAAUAAAGAGGAUGCUGCUCAAGCAGUCAUCAAACAAGACUGCAUGCUGGUUAAAUCGAAAGCCAUGAGAAUGUGGGAUGCCAUUUUAUACCAGGUGGCACUCGGCAAGGAGAAGAAGCAGCAAGCAGAAGAGAAGAAGCCACAGAAGGAAGAAGGCUUCUUCCUUCCCCGCCGCUUACCCAUCCUUCUACACAAGCCGCGCUUUGACGCCCGGAAGCUGAAGGAACUGGCUGCCAAGCCCAUGACCAAGAUCAGCACCGUGUUCGAGGUGAGCCGCUUCCGGCCCAAAGGGGCCGAGGAGCACGCCAAGAGCUUCAACAGAACGGCAUCCGGAUGGUCGGUCCACUGACGCCAGGCUGCUCCACGCCUCGGAGGGGCACCAGCCUCUGACCCCGCUGACUGCCCAGUGGAGCCAAGUGCAAGGAAAAAAGGAAAUUAAAUAAAACCCCUCCAAGCCAGCCGCCCCACAUGCUGCAGGUUUAAGGAUUACUCUCCAUAAAUUUGAAAGCUCAAAUGUGUAACUACCGCAUCCACAGGUCACAGGAAAACAAACAUGUUUGUUUUAGGAAGAGUCAACAACAAUCACUGGAGGCAGUAACAGAUUGAAGGCACACAGGGAAGAGGACAAGCUGCCUAUAGAAAAAAAGACCAGUUUAGAAUAGGAUAAUGGAAUCUGAAUUUUUUUUGUUGCAUUUAUCUAAGAGAUUGAUCCUAGGAACAGCAGCAGUUGCAUCUGAAAUGAAAGAAUCUGGGUUGCUCCACAUCUCUAGGGAGCAUCUUAGAAACCAAAGAGGGUACGUACAGCCUCUAACUCCUCCACUGAAAGUGUGCCCCACACCCAUUUGCUGAGAACAAAAUGGAAACUCAUCCUUUCACCCAAGGCACAGACAAGAGACAGAGUAAGAAAUCUUGCUCUCACCAAGCAUUUCAUCUGCCUAUCAAAAUGGGCAUCAUCUGACAUCCUCCUA